UCCCCCGUCCUCGUCUUCUCCCCUCCGGAGAAGUCGGGAAGGUGGCGGCGACGACGGUUGUCCCGCUGGGCCGGUUGGUGUGACGGGUCGGCGUGCGCUCCGUAGCGUCCGCGUCGCGUCCAGCCGGGGGGAAUCGAGCGGCGCGGCCGAGGCCGGAGCCCGUGCGGUCGGAGGGCGGCGGCGGCCAGGGCGGCCCGUGGGAGCGCGGGGCCCCGGUGCAGCGCCGCCCGGCUCCCGGCCCUGCCGGCCUCUCGGUCGGAGCCGCGGCCAUGGCGGCCAGCGCCAAGCGGAAGCAGGAGGAGAAGCACCUGAAGAUGCUGCGGGACAUGACGGGCCUCCCGCACAACCGCAAGUGCUUCGACUGCGACCAGCGCGGCCCCACCUACGUGAACAUGACGGUCGGCUCUUUCGUGUGUACCUCCUGCUCCGGCAGCCUGAGAGGGUUAAAUCCACCGCACAGGGUGAAAUCUAUCUCCAUGACUACAUUUACACAACAGGAAAUUGAAUUCCUGCAAAAACAUGGAAACGAAGUCUGUAAACAGAUUUGGCUAGGAUUAUUUGAUGAUAGAUCUUCAGCAAUUCCAGACUUCAGGGAUCCACAAAAAGUGAAAGAAUUUCUACAAGAAAAGUACGAAAAGAAAAGAUGGUAUGUGCCCCCAGAGCAAGCCAAAGUGGUGGCAUCGGUGCACGCGUCUAUCUCAGGGUCUUCUGCCAGCAGCACAAGCAGCACACCCGAGGUCAAACCACUCAGGUCUCUCCUGGGGGACUCCGCGCCAGCACUGCACUUAAACAAGGGCACACCUAGUCAGUCUCCAGUUGUCGGUCGCUCUCAAGGACAGCAGCAGGAGAAGAAGCAGUUUGACCUUUUGAGUGACCUUGGCUCAGACAUCUUUGCGGCUCCAGCUCCUCAGUCAACAGCUACAGCCAAUUUUGCGAACUUUGCACAUUUCAACAGUCAUGCAGCUCAGAAUUCUGCAAAUGCAGAUUUUGCAAACUUUGAUGCGUUUGGACAGUCUAGUGGUUCGAGUAAUUUUGGAGGUUUCCCCACAGCAAGUCAGUCUCCUUUUCAGCCCCAAACUACAGGUGGAGGUGCUGGAUCAGUAAAUGCUAAUUUUGCUCAUUUUGAUAACUUCCCUAAAUCCUCCAGUGCUGAUUUUGGAACCUUCAAUACUUCCCAGAGUCAUCAGACAGCAUCAACUGUUAGUAAAGUUUCAACAAACAAAGCUGGUUUACAGACAGCAGACAAAUACGCGGCACUUGCUAAUUUAGACAAUAUCUUCAGUGCUGGGCAAGGAGGUGAUCAAGGGAGUGGUUUUGGGGCCACAGGUAAAGCUCCUGUCGGUUCUGUGGUUUCAGUUCCCAGUCACUCGAGUGCAUCUUCAGACAAGUAUGCAGCCCUGGCAGAGCUGGACAGCGUUUUCAGUUCUGCAGCGACCUCCAGCAACGCAUACACCUCCACAAGCAAUGCUAGCAGCAGUGUCUUUGGAACAGUGCCUGUGGGUGCAUCUGCACAGACACAACCUUCUUCAAGUGUGCCUGCUCCAUUUGGGGCUACACCUUCUACAAAUCCAUUCGUUGCUGCUGGUGGUCCUUCUGUGGCAUCUUCUACAAAUCCAUUUCAGACCAAUGCCAGAGGAGCAGCAGGCCUUUCUGGAGCAAUGCAUUCUCAAGUGUUUCCUCCCGCUCAUUUUGCGGCAACCUUUGGCACUGCGUCCAUGAGCAUGCCGGCGGGAUUCGGCACGCCUGCCCCCUACAGUCUUCCCACCAGCUUCAGUGGCAGUUUCCAGCAACCUGCCUUCCCAGCCCAAGCAGCUUUCCCUCAGCAGACAGCUUUUUCUCAACAGCCCAAUGGUGCAGGUUUUGCAACAUUUGGACAAACAAAACCAGUGGUAACCCCUUUUGGUCAAGUCACCGCUGCUGGAGUGUCUAGUAAUCCUUUCAUGACUGGCGCUCCAACAGGACAAUUUCCAACAGGAAGCUCAUCCACGAACCCUUUCUUAUAGCCUUACAUAGACACUUGACCGGAACAAACUUUGCUGUGGUCGUAGUCCAUCUCCGCCUCUUGCACUGUUGUCUUGUUUCACUGAUCUUAGCUUUAAACACAAGAGAAGUCCUUAAAAAGCCUGCAUUGUGUAUUAAACACCAGGUGAUGUGUGCAAAACAGAGGGCUCCAGUAACAGCUUUUAACCUGUGAGUUGGCAGAAGGUAGCGGUAUCAUGUAUAUUAAAAAUUGGCUAAUAUUAAGUUAUUGCAGAUACCACAUUCAUUAUGCUGCAGUACUGUACAUAUUUUUCUUAGUAAUUAGCUAUUUGUGCAUAUCAGUAUUUGUAACUUUAACACAUUGUUAUAUGAGAAAUGUUACUGGGGAAAUAGAUCGGCCACUUUUAAGGUGCUGUCAUAUCUUGGAAUGAAUGACCCCAAAUCACUCUUCAGCAUCACUUCUGGAAAGUUCAGUCAAUAUUGGAAGGUUUGAUUCAUUCUUGAAUUUCUCCUUUCUAAAGAGCUCUUCUAUUUAUACAUGGCUAAAAUUCUCUGAAGAUGUAGAGGGAUACCUGUCUGCAUAAUAAAGCUGAUCAUGUUUUGCUACAGUUUGCAGGUGAAAAAAAUAAAUACUAGAAAAGAC